GUAUUGCGGAAGAGGAGGAAGAGGCUUCUUCGUGACAGCUAGCAAACGAAGCUAAUUAUCCGUCCGAGUAGCUGCUCCUUUGUCACCUUUUUACGCCAAAAACGAACACCCGGACAGGAAGGAGCAAAGAUGACCGCCGCGCCUUACAACUACUCCUACAUCUUCAAAUACAUCAUCAUCGGUGACAUGGGUGUGGGCAAGUCGUGUCUACUGCACCAGUUCACAGAGAAGAAAUUCAUGGCCGACUGCCCUCACACCAUCGGCGUGGAAUUUGGCACCAGGAUCAUGGAGGUCCACGGCCAGAAGGUGAAGCUGCAGAUCUGGGACACGGCGGGCCAGGAGCGCUUCAGGGCCGUCACCCGCUCUUACUACAGGGGGGCCGCCGGGGCCCUCAUGGUGUAUGACAUCACCAGGAGAAGCACCUACAAUCAUCUCAGCAGCUGGUUGACGGACGCCAGGAACCUGACCAACCCCAACACGGUGAUCAUCCUGAUCGGCAACAAAGGCGACCUGGAGGCGCAGAGAGACGUCACGUACGAGGAAGCCAAACAGUUUGCCGACGAGAACGGUUUGCUCUUCCUGGAGGCCAGUGCCAAGACAGGCGAGAACGUGGAGGAGGCCUUCCUGGAAGCGGCCAAGCGUAUCUACCAGAACAUCCAGGACGGCAGCUUGGACCUGAACGCCGCAGAGUCAGGAGUGCAGCACAAGCCAUCCGCGCCGCAGGGGGGACGACUCAACGCGGACAGCCAACCCCCCAAAGACGGAUGCAGCUGCUAACCAACCAACGGACCAAAGGAUGGACACAUUGCUUUUUUUUUUUUUUUUUUUUUUUUUGCUUUGCCGGCUCUCCUGGUCGGGAAUGUCUCUGAACUCACUCGAAUCCAUCCCUGACGUCUCAUUCCGAAACCUUCGAGCUGGAAUUGCAUUUCGAUACAGGUCUGCUUCCCUCGCGUCGUCACAUAAUUCCCCAAAAGAGAAAUAAAAGUUGUUCCUGCACGUGGAUGUGAAAUUGGACCUGUCACAUUCCAGGAGGUCCUCACACAGAACCUCAAAAACCA